UCGAUCUACGACGUGGCUCCCUCGUUCCUCGCAGUUCAGCAACCAGUUUUGCUGCCAGUUGAACAGAUUAGUCUGGCAUGGCAAGGCUUCCCGGCCUACGUUGUUGCGACCUCGCCGCGCGCGGUUCGCUCCCUCCCCUCGGCUUUUCCCAUCGUCCUCGCGGGUCGCUGCGGGUCCCAGCUCUCCGCUACUCGUCUCUCCAAGCUGGUGACAGUCUUGGGGAGCAGGAGGUCAUGCGCAUGUUCCUUGAGGACAGGCAGGAGAAUGGGGACUUCAUCUCCAAAGUCGCCGACAUGGUUUUGAGGAGAAAUGCCACGGGUCUUGAUGCGGUUGAAGCUACCACGUAUGAAGAAAAUGCUGCAAAUUUCAGGGACGAUUUUACGGGUGAGGCUACUGGAGAUCAGGUGGCCGUUGACGGCAGCCUAAGUGUCAGAAGGAGGCUUGCUUAUAUGGAAAGGAAGAAAGAGAGCGACAAGAGGAGGGAAUUCAACCUUAUGAAAUAUGAAGCAAUUAAGGAUGAGCUGUUGCUCCUGACAGCAGGAAUUGGAGCUGCUUGCACUGUAUAUUGUGCUCUAGUCUUCUCUCUGCAGGCUGGUAUCAGUUAUGCUUUUGGAGUUGCUUUCAGCUGGUUGUAUCUUCAACUUCUGUACCGACGCGCAGAUAACUUGUCAAAGGAAGAUGUGCCUGAAGUUUUUCGGAGGAAGACAGUGAAGAAAAUUGGCAUUCGAAGCGAGGAUCUGAAGAAUACAGUAGAGAAGACAUUGGGUGGCUCUAUAUUUGUUCUUUCAUCCCCAAGGCUUAUAAUUCCUGCUGUGAUUUUUGGACUGUCAACGUUUUCUAGUCACUUUCACAAUAGCAUUUUUAAUUUUGAGCUUGUUCCAGGGAUGAUGGGGUUCUUCGCGUACAAGGCUGCAGCUUUGGUACAAGUCUACAGAGAUAAUGAUGAUCUGAGAUUGAUACUCCCGGAUGAUGAUCCUGACUACAGCUGAAAUGUUAUCAGUGAGAGAUUUUGUUCACCUAAUUUUUGAUAAAUCAAAGAGCACAUGGAUGUAUAGCUUACGGUAUAGUUACAAAUGAAUUCUUAA